CCGCCACCGAGACGCGACGCGAGCGGUGACGCGCGAACGUUCGCGUCCUCGCGCGCAUGUGCGUCGCGUUCAUCGCCCUCGUGCGCACGACGUCGGCGAAUGCGCCGAUAAAACUCCUCGUCGCAUUCAAUCGCGACGAAGAUUACGCGCGACCGACCAAGGCGUGCGCGGCGUGGCCGAGCGAGCGCGACGACGAGGCGUACGAAAUCUUCGGCGCGCGGGACGAGCUGGGCGGUGGGACGUGGUUCGCGAUGUGUCGAAAGACGGGACGAUGGGGACUGGUGACGAACGCCGCGAACGGGACGACGACGACGACGACGACGACGACGAACGGCGGGACGACCAAGUCGCCGAAGAAGACGGUGAGUGCGUACGUCACGAGAGGGAUGUUGGUGACGGACUAUUUAAAGUCGCCGGAGAUCGAUUCGGGAAAGUACGCGAUGGAGGUGUUCGCGAAACGCAUGCGGUUUGACGGAUUUAAUCUCGUCGUCGGCGACGCGUCUCGCGGAACGGCGCACUACGUCGGAAAUCGCGGGUCGGCGAACGCGGAAACGCCGAUGGAGUUACGCGCUGGUAGGGUGUAUGGAUUGGCGAACGAUGUGUUGGACGCGCCGUGGCCAAAGGUUGUGCGCGGGAAGGCGAAGCUCGAGGAGAUUUUGCGAGCGUAUUCGCGGUACUCAGCCGACGCGCUUCCCACGCGCGCGUUAGAGGAACAAGUGCUUCGCGAUGUCUUACAUGCUCCUCUGGAUGCACGACCGCUGGCGAUAGACGCGGCGGAGCGGCUGUCGUACUCAUCGAGCGACAGAGACGCUCCCGCGCCGUCCGCGGCGGCGCGAGAGCUCUGGCGACACCAGCAAUCCUUCGUCGCCGGCGGGCGGCGACGCGAAAGCCACGUGGACUGCGACGACGACGUCGACGCCUCCAUCGACAUCGACGUCGACGAAGACGACGAAGAGGACGAAGAAUUCGUCGUCGAGCAAAUCGAGGCGUGCGAAAGCGAGCGCUCCUUCGUCCGUCCCGGCGAGCUCCCCGGCCUUCCCAACUGCGGCACUCGCACGUCUCAAGUCGUCCUCGUCUCCGCCGACGGUCGUUGUUCCUGGUGCGAGCAUCACUUCGUCCCGGUUCUCCCCGACCGCCGCCGCGCGCGUCGCCCCGCCGCCGUCGCGCGCGCGUCCGCCGCCGCCCCCGACGCUUUCCUCGUCGCCGCUCUCGAGCGCGCGUCGCACGCCUUCGUCAUUCCCGCCGUCGCCCCUCGCCCGCGCACCCCCAUCGCGUGA